CCGUGCUAUAGCCCUGGUCAAGACGACGCUACCCUAUUUGGCCGUGUUUAUAUGUUGCUCUGCGGCUUGAAAACGUGCAGAACGGCUCUCGGAAGUGUCAGAACAAUUAGUGUAUAUAUAUAUAAACCUGAACAGACAGGAGAGCAGCUGGAACAUGAGGGAAGAGGACUUGACUAAGAGGAUGUCUUACACAUAUUUUGAAAAUGUCGUAUAUGCUUCCACAUUUACACAAUGGCUGGCAAGUAGACCAGGCCAUUCUUUCAGAAGAAGACCGUGUGGUGGUCAUUCGUUUUGGGCAUGACUGGGAUCCAACAUGUAUGAAAAUGGACGAAGUUUUAUAUAGUAUUGCCGAGAAGGUGAAAAAUUUUGCUGUUAUUUAUCUUGUGGAUAUCACCGAAGUGCCAGACUUUAACAAGAUGUACGAACUGUACGAUCCCUGUACAGUCAUGUUUUUCUUCAGAAACAAACACAUAAUGAUUGAUUUAGGCACUGGUAACAACAACAAAAUUAACUGGGCAAUGGAGGACAAACAAGAGAUGAUUGACAUCAUAGAAACAGUUUAUAGAGGAGCACGUAAAGGUAGAGGUCUUGUUGUAUCGCCCAAGGACUACUCAACCAAAUACAGAUAUUGAUCAUUUGAUCAUUUUACUACAAGUCUACUUCUGGAGCUUCGUAAACCUCAAACUUUGUAUAAAGUAUUCUUUCUUGC